UAAAAGGUUUGGGUGAAAGAACACCUGUCAUAUGUUACAAUGAUGUUAAGAAGAAAAUUGAGCUUUCAGAUCCACUGGCUUCUUUGCAACUCCCUUCAGAAAAACAUAUAAACAACAAUAUACAAGAAGAUGUUACAGAUUCUUGUAAAGAAAAUGAAUUUAUUGGUGUGAAGAAUGUAGCAAACAUGUCACCUGGUACCAUAAAAGAUUUUCCUGUAAGUUAUAAUGAAGACUAUCAGCUGAGCAAAAGUAUAACAAAAGAAGAUAUGAAUCACUUUUCUCAAGAAAGAGCAAAAGUACAAAUGCAUGUUUCAAAACAAAUUCUGGAAUCUAAUGACAAUCAACAAGAUGCCAAAAAGAUACAAACAACUGACAAAUAUCCAAAUAUAUUAAAGCAGCAAGGACUAUCUCCAUUCAUUGCAGGUCAAGAACUGCUUCAAUGUGAAGAAGAAUUUUAUGGGCAUGUCAAACAUAAAUUGCAUUUUGUCACACACAGUGUACAAAAGAAAUACUGUCAGGAUCCACAUAUGCAGAUAGGUGAAAAAAGCAAUGAAGCAAACCGUUCAGGAACAAUAGAAGAAUAUUCUGAUAAUGCUCAAAGUUGUGAUUUUUCUUCAGUAGCAAAAACGAAUGAUGGUUAUGCUCCCGAAGAACAAACUAUCUUACAUUAUCCUAAUUCUCAUACUUUUUCUAAGAAAAGUACGCAUUUACCACACAUGUCUGAAAGUCUAACAUAUCCAAAAGAAGAUAAAUUAAAAAGUGAACAAAAGGCUUUAGCUUCUCAUGUUGACCAAUCAGACAGUGAGAAUAGUAUUAUAACGAGUAUAAGGCCUGAUAAAAAACAUAUAAAUCAGGUAGAAUAUGCCACAAAAACAUAUUUAACACCUAAUUUAGAAGGGAAGGAAUUUAGAAUUUUAGCUCACCAUAGAAAAAAAGAUGGCAUUUUAAACAUUGAAGAUACUGAAUCUGAAUUUCAGCACCAUAUAGUACCACUAAUGUUAUCUGAAGUAGCAUCUCAGAAAAAAACUAAAGGCAGUUUAAUAACUGACUAUAAUAAUUUACUUCUUAAAAAACAUGGUCAAUCGGACACUUCCACCAGUGAAGAUCUUUUGCAGCAUGUAGACAUUCAGAGUGAAGCAUCCAAAUCAGAUCUUAGUAUUACUCCUAGCAAACUUUUCUCAGAUGAGAUCCCCCAUCAUCUUGAGCCUACAGAUCAUAUUAGAGAUCACACCCCUGUGUAUACCAAAGGUAGUUUAGACAUACACCGUUUAGCUGUCGAUCCUAAUGAUGAAACAUUUACACAAAAUAGAACAAUUUGUUAUAAAAACCUAAACCAUGUAGAUAAACUAACUAUUUAUGGGCAUGUAAAAGUUAAACAAGAAAAGAGCCAAAAAGAUAAGAAAAGUGAGAAAGAUAUAGUGCACAUGAACAAAAAUGGGAGAAGUGAUAAAAAAGGAGAAAGUGUUACAAGAAAUAUUUUUGAUAAAACUUCAUGUUAUUUUGGAAAGCUGUAUCAAAAAAUUAAUGAUAAUGAAGAUUCUACAAAACAUAAAAGUAAUAAAAAUAUUAAAGCAGAGAGACAUAAGGCUGAAUAUGCCUAUGAACAAAUGAAAUACGAAUGUCAGGGUGUGAAUGAUUUUUGUUAUUUAAAUGAUAAAAUAAUGCAACUGGAGUCUCAGAGAGAAAUAUGCAGUCUUACCCAGAAAAAACCUAUUACUGCAGAUUCAGGAAAAGAUAACAGAAAAACUGACACACUUCCAAUUCUGGAAACUGGGUCUGCUUUCCAGAAAGCAGUUCAAAAUGGUAAAUUGAUAACUGAUAGAGGUUUGGAUUUGAAAGAUGCCAGUGCCUCCAGAAGAUUCCAGGAAUUUAAUUUAAAGCUAACUGAGGAAUCAAAAAAGAUUCUUCAAGCAAGUAUGUGUGAUAGAUAUGAAUUGCAGCAACUGCAGCAAGACUUUGAAAAACAUCAGUACAACAUCUUCCUUUCGCCAUGUGAAGAUAUUUACAAGGAAAGGAAACAAGUAACUACUUUGGUGGAGCAUGAACAUAAAUUAAACACUGGGCAUGAGAAGUGUAUGAAGACCAAAAUGCAUUUACUGCCAGGAGUACAAGAUCUUAUGUGGGACAUCAGAAACAACUGUGGAGGCCAAAAAACAGAAUCAGAUAAUGGAAAAUUACCUGGUAAUGCUCUCAAAGAAAAACACCCUCUGAAUUCAAAUAAAGAGCCUAACAGUGAUCAGCAUUCAGAAAAAAAUACACCUCCUGCAAAUACUAAGGAGAAACUAAAUACUUCAGGAAAAAAUGAUCUAAAUCGACAGGAUGUCAAAGAAAAAGUACAAGGGAACAAUCUAAUGAAUCAAAAUUGUACCACUGGUAAUGAAAGCAAAUGGCUACUUCAGAUAACUCUGCAUUUGAAUGAAUUCUGUGCCAUUAUUACUUCUGUUGUUUCAUCUAUGAUCUCUAUAAGUAAAAAGGUUGUUUCAUCACUCCCUGAAAAUAUGAGACCUGGUCCAGAUCUCUAUGGUUUUCCAUGGGAAAUUGUGAUUUGUGGCACUGUUGUUGCCAUUUUUACUAUCAUACUGGUAUUAUGCAGGAGCUAUAAGUCAGUUAGAAGUCGGCUUUAUUUAGGAAGAGAGAAGCAGCUUGUCAAUAAAGUUGCUGAACUAGUUGAAGACAAAUGUAAAGUAUUGGAAAAACUCAGUCUCUGCAAAAAAGAGUAUGCAGAGUUAGAAAACACGCUGAAAGAUGGCAGCUUUCUACAAGAGUCAGCCAUUGCAUCAAAUAUUAAGACAGCAUAUGAAGAACUGAACAAUUCAAACUCAGCACUCAAGAAUGAAAUAGAAUGCUUAGAAAAAGAAUUGAAAGAAGAGAAAUCUAAACGAUCAGAACAGGAUGAUUUGGUGGCUGAAAUACAGAAAAGAGUGGCAUCUUUAGAAAAUGAAGCAAAAUCUAUCCAGCUGCAAGUAGCUGAAGCCAAAACCACAUUAAAAGUAUAUGAAAUUAACAGAGAGAGACUGAAGACAUCUUUGCAAGAUGCAGUAGAGGAAAAUAGCCAUCUUCAAGAAAGUGAAAAACAAUUAUUACAAGAAGCUGAAGGAUGGGAUGAACGAUUUAGUGAAUUAAAUGAGCAGACAAAAAUGUUUGAAUCAUCUCAAACAAAUAUGGAGGAAGCUCUUAAAAAUAAAGAAAGUCAAGUUAAGUCUCUGACAGACUGCUUGUUAAGGAUGAAAGAUUGGAGUUGUGCAACAGGAGAUCGUGAUUCUACUGAUGACAACCAUGGGGAUAAUGAUACAAAGAGUGAAGCAGAAAAUAGGCAGCACUUAGAUGAUCCAGAAAAAGAAACUGUAAAGAAGCUAAUUUAUGCUGCAAAGCUGAAUGCUUGUCUAAAAUCUUUGGAAACAGAAAGGAAUCAAAUAUAUUCAAAGUUAACUGAUGAAAAGAAAGCAGAAGAGGAACUUGCAGAACGGAUUGAAAGACUACAAAAAGAACAUGUCAUUUUGCAGUCGGAGAAUACAGAGUUUGAAAGUGAUGUUCAAAAGCUUCAGCAAAAGCUUAAAGUCAUGACAGAACUGUACCAAGAAAAUGAAAUGAAUCUUCACAGGAAAUUAACUGUAGAAGAAAAAGAGCGUUUGCAGAAAGAAGAAAAACUUUCCAAAGCUGAUAAGAAAAUUAAUCAUGCUGCUGAAGAACUGAAUGCUUAUCGGCAACGGGCAAAAGAUCUUGAAGAAGAACUGGAAAGAACUGUUCGCUCUUACGAGAAUCAGAUUAUGUCACACGAGAAGAAAGCUCAUGAUAAUUGGUUGACAGCCCGAGCAGCUGAAAGACAACUGAAUGAUAUGAGAAAGGAAAAUUUACACAGUAGACAAAAAUUGACAGAAGCAGAAUUUAAAUAUGAUCUUUUGGAAAAAGAUCCUUAUGCUCAUGAUGAUACAGCCACAGCAUUUGGCAGAGACCAGUCCCCAUAUGGACCCUCACCAAUGGGCAGACCUUCAUCUGAAACAAGAGCUUUUCUUUCCCCCCCUACCUUAUUGGAGGGUCCCUUAAGACUUUCACCUGUGCUUCCAGGUAGAGGAGGAAGAGGUUCAAGAGGACUGGGGAAUCCUGGCACACCUGAAGUUGGUAAUGAAAGAGGAGAGCUGAACACCAAUAGGUUAUCUGAUCCACACAGGCCACCUUCUGACACUGGAUCUUUGUCACCUCCGUGGGAUAGAGAUCACAGAGUAAUCCUCCCUCAUUCAGGUCACCUGUAUAGUGAGCAAUCUCUUCCUCCUCGAAGACCAGAAAGAUUUCAUUCAAAUCCCCUAAACUCUGGAAGGCUUUCAGGACCAGCUGAACUAAGAGGUUAUAACAUGCAUUCAGUUGAUAAAACAGAUGGACUAUCACCUGAAAAUAACUUGAGAAUGGACUUGAGUGGAAAUGAAAUAAGAGGUCAUUCCAAUGGCAGCAAUAUGCUCAAUAUACCUGAUCAGUCUGUUCCUCCUGAAAAUGAACCCUUAGGACCAGGAAUUGUGCCACCACCGCUUCCCUUUUUGAGAGCGCCUCUAAUGUCAGUGGAUCCAAGAGGAUCUUUCAUGAGAAGAGGCCCUCCAUUUCUACCAGUACCUCCUAGUUCUGUAUAUGGAGCACAGGAAUAUUUUCCAAGGGAUUUUGCUGGUUUGCCACGUCCUCUACUACCAAUGAGAGGUCCCUUUCCUAUGAGGCCUUUUUCACAGUAUCCACCUCCUCCAAGGCCUGGCUUUUUUCCACCACCACCACCACCACCACCUGAUAACAGAAAUGAACUGCCUGCUGAGUUAACACAGCUGUCAACUGUGUCGUCUACAGAUCAUCAGGAAUCACAACAAGAAACUGGUUGAAAGUUGUUCUGUUCUUUUUCUCUCAACUGAAUUAUUGUUAAGUAAUUUGUUACUUAAUCAACUCUAUAUUAUUGCUCAAAUUGAAGCUGAAUAGAGUAAUUCUCAGAGUGCUCUGUAAAUAAUGGUUUAACUGUGAAUAAAUUGUAACUGUACAGCAGCAACUUUUAAAUAUUUUUAAUUUGCUUAUCUAGGAGAUGUAAAAUUUAGUCCCAUGUAAGAAUUCUCUAGUUGGAUUUGACCACACCUGGUCUCAUAGAAAAUCAAUGCAUGUGAAAAUGAGGAUUAUGGUGAAAUGCAGGUGUAAAAAAAAUAAAGAUUUUAAAUCAUUUGUAAUAUUUUGACUAUUUAAUAAAAGAAAGUCAGUGA